UCCAAGCAUCAUGUCCGCCACAUCAAAGCUUACGACCCACGUGAGGGCAAAGAUAAUGAACGUCGUCUGACUGGCCGUCACGAGACUUCUAGCAUCCACGAUUUCUCAGCAGGAGUAGCCAACCGUGGAGCGAGUAUAAGAAUACCCCGUCAG